UUCUCGUCGCCACGACGGAUCGUGAAAAUCUGGGAAGGGAGUUUUAGAGCAUGCGCUGCCGAGAUGAGCCGCGCGAGAAGUGCCGUUCGGAUUUAGAGUCGCGUGCCGCGCGAGUUUCGUACGGCAAAGCACGCGUCUCAAAAGUUCCGUGCCAAGUGGAACGAGCAGCGGCAUCACGUUUUUAGAAAGACCAUAAGAUGGUGACCAAGUCUCUACUGAUAUUGCCGAUAUUCCUGUCCUACGCGUGUGUGCUAGGUUUCCCGAAAAAAGUUCAGAUAGUGGGAUUGUUUGAUCAAGAUGAAGCAAUCCAGCGGACGUUCGAAUCGUCGGUGAGAGCGGUGAACAAAGACAGGCAUGAGAACGAGGAACUUUCGAAUGUGUUCUUAAUAUCGGAAACGGAAGAGAUUGAUGAGGCGGAUUCGUUCGAAAUAUCGUGGAAAGUAUGCGAUCUGCUAGAUUUGGGAAUAGUGGGAAUUUUUGGACCUCAGGAAAAAGUGAUUGCUGAGCACGUGCAAAGCAUAUGCGAUACAAUAGAAAUGCCACACGUUUCUGUACGACAGGAUCUUGACCAACUCUCCUACCCACGUGGAUUAAGUUUGAAUCUAUAUCCGCAUAUAAACUCGUUAUCACGACUCUACGAUCAACUUGUCACGGAGUUCAAGUGGAAAUCCUUUGCAAUACUGUACGAGAAUGCCGAUAGUCUGGUUCGUAUGCGAAUAUUGCUGAAGCGAUGGGACGAACAUAGUAAUUCCGUACUCAUGUACCAUUUAGGAUAUGGACCCAAUUAUAGGCGCGGGAUGCAAGAAAUCAAGGCAUCGCAAAUAGAGAACGUCAUCAUCGACUGUUCAUACGAGAUUCUCGAAGAGGUUUUGAAGCAGGCCCAACAAGUUGGUAUUUUAUCCGACAAAUAUAAAGUGAUUGUAACGUCCCUAGAUCUGCAAACCCUGGAUUUAGAGCCCUAUCAAUACUCUGGCGUCAAUUUCACGGGCGUGCGCUUGAUUAACCCUGAAGAUCAGAUAGUGAUACAAACCUUAGACAGACAUAAGAACGAAUGGGGCCUAGACAAUCCUUCGCAGCUACGAGUUGAACCCGCGCUCAUGUACGACGCGGUCCAAUUGUUUGCGAGAGCUUUCAAGCAAUUAAAGGAUGCUACAAAGGGUGAUGUCAAGAAAUUGCCGUGCGAUGGUAGCGACAGGUGGGAACAUGGACUGAGUUUAAGCAAUUUUAUGCGAUCGACUGAAACGAGGGGCUUGACAGGCCUCGUCAAAUUUGACAGGGAUGGUUUCCGCAGUAACAUAGAAUUGGAUAUUGUGCGUUUGACGGAAGAAGGUCUAAAAAGAAUCGGUAAAUGGAAUAGUACAGCACGGGAAAACAUUGAUUGGGAAGAAAUCAAACCCCCAAAGUCAGACAUUAAGCUCAACAUACAAAAUAAAACAUUUGUUGUUUUAAUAUCACUCACAGAGCCUUAUGGCAUGCAAAAAGAAUCGAUGGUGACGUUAUACGGUAACGAGAGGUACGAAGGAUUUGCAGUUGACAUAAUACAAGAAAUCAGUCAAAUCCUUGAAUUUAAUUACACUUUGCAAGUGGAAUCCGAUUAUGGAUCGUUGAACAAAAGAACAAAUAAAUGGACUGGAAUGCUUGGGAAAAUCAUAGCUGAUGAAGCUGACCUGGCCAUUACAGACCUCACCAUCACAUCGUCGAGGCAAGAAUACGUCGACUUUACAAACCCCAUUAUGAAUUUAGGUAUUAGCAUAUUAUACAGAAAGCCAACGAAAGCACCACCGAAUCCGUACUCCUUUCUAUGGCCAUUUUCGCAUGCCGUGUGGUACUAUUUGAUUGGUGCUUACAUAUUAGUAUCGUUAUUACUCUUCGUCGUCGGGAGGUUGUGCCCAGCCGAAUGGAAUAAUCCUUAUCCUUGUAUUGAGGAAGCCGAAUUUCUUGAGAACCAAUUUACGUUUAAAAAUGCAUUUUGGUUCGCUAUAGGGAGCAUAAUGCAGCAGGGAAGUGAGAUCGCACCCAUAGGCAUAUCAACAAGAAUGAUUGCUAGCUGCUGGUGGUUCUUCUGUCUAAUUAUGGUGUCAAGUUAUACAGCUAACUUGGCGGCAUUUCUAACGGUAGAAACUACAUCAAAGCCUUUCGACAAUGUUGAAGAAUUAGCAAAGAUAGCAAGAAAAAGACCCAUAAAAUACGGCGCGAAGGAAUCAGGAUCCACAAUUUCUUUCUUCAAAGAUAGCAGUCAUCCAACGUACCUGGAAAUGUACGAAAAUAUGAUUGCAAAUAAAAAGGACGUGCUGGUACCUGAUAAUAAAGCAGGACUACACAAAGCUAUAGACGAAGAAUACGCUUUUCUCAUGGAAUCUGCUUCUAUCGAAUAUGAGAUAGAGCGAUAUUGUGAUGUCACACAAAUCGGAGGAUUACUAGACGAAAAGGGUUAUGGAAUUGCGAUGAAAAAAGACUCGCCAUAUCUACACAGUAUUAACACAGCGGUCUUAAAAUUAUCCGAAGGUGGAAUAAUACAGGAGAUAAAGAAGAAGUGGUGGACGCAAAAACGAGGCGGAGGUAGAUGUCGGGAAAACGGCGGGAGCAGUUCACCGCAGGCACUUGAUCUCGACAAUGUUGGAGGUGUAUUCUUAGUACUAACCUACGGCGUGGCCUUAUCCUGUGUGUACACUAUAUUCGAAUUACUUUGGGAUGUUGCCCGAACAUCCAUUCGAGAAAAUGUGCCGUUUAAGGAGGAAUUGAUAACCGAACUGAAAUUCAUCGUGAAAUGCAGCGGCUCUAAACCGAUACAAAGAAGAAAUGGAUCGUCCAGCAAAAAUGGAAAUGACAGUACAAGAGAAUGUACUCCUCCGUAUGGCUUUAUACCAACAGUAAUAAGAACGUCACCAACUGACAACAAAUAACAAUGGAAUAAAUCUUAAACAGUAAAACGAC